AUGAGAAUGGAUUAUCAUGACAAAGGUACCCAUUUUAUGAGUAUAAAACAACACAUUUGUUUUAUUAACAAGAAAAAAAAUGCUUGUGGAAAAAGGAAUUGUGGACAUGUGAACAAGGCCACUUUGGCUUACGAUGAUAACUCAACAAAUGGGGAUAAUGAGGAAGAAAGUGAAGGAGCCAAAACUGGCAACCACAUCUGCACAAGUAGAGAUGUGAGUGUGUACCACCCGACGGACACCAGUGGCAAUGAUGGAUGCUGCAGGAGUGGUAGUGCAGUAACCCUCCGCAAUUAUACAAAUCGAGUGUCCACUCAUAUUGGUAAAUUUAAAAGUUCCACAAGUGAAAGCCAUUCGAGGAAUAAUGCCAACAGGAAAAGAAUAAAAAAUGAGUUAAAGAAUGGGAUAAAGGGUGCAGGGCGGAAUAGGCGUAAGAGUACCGCCCUAUCAUUCAAACGGAAUGAACCUCUCAGUGAAAAAAACGAUUCGCGGAGUCGUGUCAACCAUAAUGAUCUAACACAGCGUAACAGUUGGUGCAAACCAAAUGGAGUUAUUCGUGUGGAGCAGAACAAUAAGAAUGACAAGGUUAAUUAUUCGCCCUGUGUACAGAAGGAGGGAGAUAAGAGGUUAGCCAACGGUGAAAAUAUUUCCUUGACAGUUGUUACUUCCGCAAGUUCUGUUUACGAGGAACAUUUAAAUCCAUUCGUGCGAAAGCAAGCUAGGCACUUAUUGAGUGGAUCUAGCGGAAGAAUAAUAAGUGAUGCAAGGAAUAACGAAUGUGAUGAAUACAGUGUGGAUAGCGGUGCUGAUCACACAGACAUUAUGUUCAGCAAUCACGCACAUGCAGCAGAGGAUGUAAAUAACUUUUUUUGCGAGAGCGAUACUGACGUAGGUCAGACGGAUAGCUGUGAACCCCCUUCGAGAAUAUCACGGGGUAGUAACGACAGUGUAAGUAGAGUAAAUGACGAAAGUAACAUCACCAGUGUCACCAACGUAACUAGUGUCAAUCGCCCGAUUGGUAUCACCAACAUAAGAAAAAAUGUAAACUGGAAGGACAGAAAUGGUAUUCCCCUUCGAUUAAGAAGUAUUGAUCCAGUGAUACGCAGAAGGAUCACUCCCCCGAUAGCCACUGAUCACAUUGAUGUGGUUGAAGGGGUCAAGGGCAUCAUUAAAUUUCCAAAGGUUCAGAUAUCCCAACUUGAGGAAAGGAAGCUGCAGAUAAGUAACUCGAAUAAGAGCCGACACAGGAGAAAGGAAGACAACAACAAGGGCACGAACAAAGCAGCAGAUGGGAAGAGCAAGGAUGCUAACAGUUAUAGGGGAAAUGCCAGCAGCAACGGGAACGGAGGUAGUAACAGCGGAAACAACAACACUAGCAGUAAUGGCAAUAGCAGCAACGGUAAUAAUAACAGUUGUAACAACAACAAUAACAACCAUGGUAAUAAUAGGAGUAACGGGAAUGGGAAUACUAGCGGGAAUCGAAGUGGGAACAACAAUCGGGAUAGCGGCAAGGAUGAUGAUAAAGAUGGUCAUAGGGAUGGUCGAAAAGAUGGGCGAAAGGGUGGUCAUAAGGAUGACGACAACGAAAGCAAUAAGGAGGAUGAGGAAAACAACAGCAAGGAUGGCAACAAAAAUGGCAGAGGAGGAAAUGCAAAAAAUAAUAACGCUGAUAGAAGAAAUGACUGCAACACGAAGGAUAACAACAUCGGAAGAGGGGACAAGAAAAAGAAAAAUGUAAAGGAUUCUAUGAUGAGUAAAGGUAAUAAUGGGAAGAACAGCAACAGUGCAAGUAAUAAUGUGACUAGCGGAAAUAUUACCAAUCAUACCAAUCAUACCAAUCAUACGAAUAAUACGAAUAAUACUGCUGCUUAUCCCGGAGGAAGUGUGGAGAACCAUCAAAAUAAUGCCCUCUCCUAUGCAAACGCUAUAUCCGGCAAAUCAAAGAAUAGAUCUAAAUACAACACCGCUUCGUCUGUGGGCAGAAUGAAUGACUUACCCAAUAAUGUGAAUAACAAAGUAUUCCCAGGUUGUGGAAAUCCUUUUGAUAAUAAUGACAGCUUUAUGAGCAUCGAUGAUAACAUGAACAGUUGCAACACGAGCAAUAUGGAGAUGAGAAUGUUUAACCAAGUGAAUGGAAUGGGCGUGUCCGGUGGAAUGAACGGAAUGAGUAUGCCAGGGGGGCCGAACGGACCAACGGGCAUAAACGGUAUGUAUACCUUAAAUGGAAUAGGUGGUGGAAUUAAUGGAAUGGGCAACCCAAACGACAUGAGCAACUUUGGCGAUCUGCACAAUAAUGCUGGGGCCUUCUUCAAUCUGAACAACAACGAAUUUCUUCACAUGUGCAACAACAAUUUCAAUUUGGCCGGCGGAGGAAACAUAGACGAUAAUAACCCCAAAUACCUUCACGUGGAAAAUAGCCUAGAAAGCACAAACGGCAUAAACGCCAACACAGGCAGUAACACCCUGUACAACCCUAGUAAUAACAGUGUAUAUGAAGGGAACUACAACAUGCAGGGUAUGAGAACAGGACCGGGAACCGGGGCCACCCACAUGGACGUAGGAAAUAUGAAAGAGCACUACAUAAAUUACGGAAACAGUGGGAUGAUGCAAAACAGCAGUGACCUUUUCUACAAUGAACAUAAGGAAAAAAUGUAUUUACAUAUGACUGGCAACUUGAGCGUCAGCCAAAAUGGGAACAAAUUUCACGAAGAGAAAAAAAAUAACGGCUAUUUUCUAAAUAGAAGUUUGGCAGAAAAAUAUGAAGAAGAUAAGAUGAUGCAAAAUGGCUACCUGAAAAUGAAUAUGAACGAAUUAAGUAAACACGAAAAUGAUAAUUUUAAGCACAUGGUUAAGAAUGAGUGGAUGCAUUACAACCAGGAGGACCUAAAAAUAGAUACAGAGAGUAACAAAAUGGACCUAUCGAUGAAGGACGGCAUAACAAAUGACAAACAAAUGAACGAAAAUUUAGAAGAUAGUCUAAAUUAUAAUGAAGCCAACACACUGAACUUGUUAAAUAUUGCUUUUAAUGAAAUUUAUCAAAAUAAAAAACAUCUCAUUGAAGAAAUCAUUACCAAGAAAUAUAUGUGUAAGAUAGCUAAAAUUUUAAAAGAUAUUAAUCCGGACAGUAUUCCAGUUAAAGGCAAGCAGCUCAAACGCUUGAUACAAAUCAGGAAAGCCUCCUUCAACGAAGAAAAGAUACCAAGUAGGGAGAGGAAUACCACUGACCAAUAUGACAACACAAACAGUGGUGGUGACAACAUGCAGGGGAAUGCGGAUGGGCUGUCCGAUAAAGAGACCAAGUUGGAAGGUAGUCACUUGGGGCAACAUGAAGCUCGGGAAAAAAGCACACCCGCCAAUGAUGCCAUGGAUAAGAGGAAGAACAACAGUUGCAGCAGCGGCGGUGAGGUGGGGGAAGCGAACCAAGUCAACGAGGUGAACGAGGGAAGUGAAUCGAAGAAGGAAUCCGAGCCGAAGAAGAAAAAAAAGAAUAAGAAGAAUAACGACAAGUGUGAGAAGGGCACCAGCCCUACAGAAUCCCAAUCCAUCGACGCGAACAUUGCAAGCAGUUCGAAUGGUCCGAACAGCGUGAGUGAUAAGAGCGACCCGAAGAAUAAAAAAGAGGGCCAGGAUAAGGCUGCAGAAGGCAACACUAACGCGCAAGACGAAAUUAAAUGUCAAAAUAAGGGCAUUGAGCAGCCCCCCGCGCAGGAGGAUAAGAGUAGCUUGGCGGAAAAAGAAGGAAAGAAUAGCAAGAAGGGUAAAGAAGACCCACCGGAAGAAACUGUCAACACGAAUAAGAAGAAAAAAAAUGACUUGAAGGAUACCGCCCAUAAGAGCAACGCCAACAUGGAGAAUACAAAAAACAGCGCAAAUAAAAUCGACGAAGGUACCAUAAACGAUCAUGAUGAAGAAGACGACAAAAGCGGAGAGGGUGCAAUUGAUCAGAGGAAAAAUGAAUCUUCCAAUUGUGGGUAUAAUGAGGAGGACCUUAAUCUGAGCGCAUUUGCCAAAACGAGUAAUGACAACGCAUUGGAGGAAAAUGCCUACAUGAGCGAAAGCACGGAUAUGGAAUUUUACGUCGAUAGUAGUGAUGAAGAAGAAAAUGAUGAUAAGAAAUAUAUGACCGGAAUUAACGAUCGAUACGAAGAGAAGAAAAUUGAGGAAGACAUAAUCAUAAGAAGAGACGUUUUCUUUUUUAACUUGUUAAAAUUUAUUAUAAAAAAAAAAACAUCAGAAGAUAUGUUGAUCUAUUUACACCUGCUCAGUGCCAUAAGAAUGGAGAAAAUAUUUGAACACAUUACUCAUCUGUCGUGUGAAAUUUUUAACACCUUAUUAAAUUUUAUCGAAAUAACAAAGGAUUCCUCAACCUAUAGAUUGCUAUUAAAAAAUUUAGGGGCCUGGAUAGGAAUAAUAACAAUAGGUAGGAACAAACCACUCAUGUCAAAACAUAUUAACAUUAAGCAGUUGAUUUUGUAUUCCUACGAUAAUGGCUACUUGAUAGUUACCUUUCCAGCUGUUUGUAAAAUUUUAGAGAGUAUUAAAAAUUCUAAGAUUUUUAAGCCGCCCAAUCCAUGGACCGUUGCCAUUUUAAAUCUACUUGGUGAAUUACACGAAGCGCAGUCCCUCAAGACCAUCUUAAUUUUCGAAAUAGAAUUGUUGUUUAAUUAUUUUAAGAUUAAUGUGUUUGAUUAUUACAACAAGUGCAACAUUAUCAAGUGUCGUAAUUUGCCCAUAAAUACCAAUGACCUAUAUGUUCGGAAUAGUUUCAGCGAAAACAGCACCAUGGGUAUGAAUUACUUGGGUGAGAGUAGUAGCCACUCUCCGGGAUAUCUAACCCCAGUGCACGCGCAUAUGUUUAACAAGUCGUCAUAUAAUGCAUGUGGCAAUUUUUACGGAGAAAAUUUCGUGCACCAAAAUGGGGGAGGUGGUAGCGUUAAUGAUGGAAUAGUGAGAAAUAAUGAGAGGAGUAGUAGGCCACUAGAGACAGGCACAGCCGAUGGAGCAGAUGCAUUCGUACUUGGUAAGGACCCCAGAUUCAAUGCUAUGAAUAAUUAUAAUACCACUUCCUCCAUCAUGACCAACAUGACUAACAAUAACAACAGCACAAACGAUUUUGUCAAUCAUAGAAAUGGCAGUUCAAAUUUAUUAAUUAGAAGUAGGAAGGGUGAAGAUAUGAUGGAAGUGAGUAACGCUAUGGAGAUAUGCUCCCUCAUGGACGCCACUAACCUCAGCGGCAACACCGCCAACAACAACAACAAUAAUAACAAUUCCGUAAUCAUGAACAAUCUGGGGGCUCUCAACGGAGGAAGUAAAAACGACACCGCCAACAUGCCAUUCAACUCUUCAGUAGAUAUGAUGCUCCUGAACAACAGAGGACCGGGUAGUGGAAAUAGAAGCAGAUUUAUGAGCUCCAAUUUGACCCAACCUUUGCCCUCCAGAGGCUUCCAAAAAGGGGUAGAAAAUGGAUUCAUAAUGAUGACAAAAAAUAACAUGAAUAACGAAAUGAUAGGAAAGAAUAAUAACGCGAUGAAAAAAUUAUCCGUAAGUAGCAACACCAAGGAAAGUCAAUCCAUAUCAGUUUUUAACUAUAUGAAUGGAGGUGGUGGUGACCCCAGCAAAUUUAACAAUAUUAUGUAUGUAGGGGAGAAUGGCGGUCCCGUUGGAGCAGGCGGCGUUAGUGGAACCAUCGGUAUCAGUGCUGCAAACAGGAGCGGCGAUUUUCCACACCAUUUAAAUAGCGAAGGGUUAGGAGCCAAAGGCAACGGAAACAAUAUCAAUGAGGAGGCAUUAUUGAAGGAUUUAAAACUUUCUUCUAAGAAGAAGGACAAAAUGAAUGAUGGAGAAUUUAAGGACAAUUCGUACAAAGUUGUAAACUAUCUGAUGGGUAAAAAUAAACUUCCCGUAAACGGCAAAAAUGAUGGACCAUACAGAAGCAUAGAUUUGAAGAGCGGGAAAAUGCCCUCGAAAAAUGAAAUUUAUGAAAAUCCCAAGAGGGAGUGCUUCGUGUCAUCACCAUCGAGUACGUUGAACCUGAAGAACAAUUUUGGUGAACUACCCUCUAGUGUGAAGAAUGGUAGCGCUAUUCCUGCGCCCCCGCUUCCACUACCGUUGUUGGACAAGUUCAAGGCGAGCGAGCAGGUCGGGGUGAACACGGUCAGUGGAGUUGCGAACGUGAAUGUCGGCAUGUCCAAGGGCAGAAACGGAAGUAAUGGAAAGGCCAAUGUACUAACCAUGGGCAACAUCGGUAGUACUGACGGAGGAAACAAGAAUGCAGCACCCCCCUCUGCAUAUGGCGUGACGAACGACAUGAACCAAAAAAUGCAGAGUACACCCAUGUACCAAGAAAACGUAAAUAACAACAAAUUUAACGAAAUGUUAAACGAAGAAAUAUUAAGCAUCUUGAAGAAAAAUAUAAUAAUAUCAACGAACAUUGUUGCAGCGGUUAAAUUAAGCCAAAAAUGUAGGACGCUAAUUUAUUAUGCCUUUGACUCAGCCAUCAAGGAAAUAAUCACCUCUAUUGUUGAUCGAUUUGUCCUUAUUGGCUGUAUAACUACGAGAGAAUUAGUGAAGAAGGAUUUUGUGAACGAAUCGAAAGAGACAAUUAUGCAUAAGGCAUCCCUACUUAUGGCCACCAGUAUUUCUUCCUCCCUUGUUUUAGUAUCGUGCAAAAAACCAUUAAGGAAUAUUUUAGUACAAAAUUUGAGACACAUUUUUGAUCAGAACUGCCCCCCAGAAAUUACUACCACAAUUGUAGAAGAUGUUAUAAAAGCAUUAAUUAAUGAAAAUAUAAAUUUAAUAUAUUCAAUAAUAGAACAAGUGGCUAUUGAAAAAUCAUCCAUAGAAAUUGAGGAAAUUAUGAAGCCUAUUUAUGCCUCCAGAAAAUAUGCACGUAUUCAUAAAUUAAACAUUAAGGAAAAUGCCAACAAUAAAUACUACAACGCUCUACCCAUGUUUUUGAAGGCGCAAAAUAUAACCCUGAAGCAUAUUCAAGUAUAUAAGAAUUUUAUGAAUUUGAAAAUUUUGUCCAACUUGCAACAGAAGUUAUAUUCCCCUGGGGGCGUUGAUCAUGAGGGGGGAUCCAGUGAAGGUGAAAAUGCGCCACCGGGUUAUGUGGGAGGUGUGAGGUACCAAAAUGGCGGCAACUAUCAAAAUGGCGGCAACUAUCAAAAUGGCGGCAAUUACCAAAAUGGCGGUAAUUACCAAAAUGGUGGCAAUUACCAAAAUGGUGGCAAUUACCAAAAUGGUGGCAAUUACCAAAAUGGUGGCAAUUACCACAGCUAUCAAAAUAGGGAAAACAACGAAAACGCACCCAACGAUGCGACCGGGGAGAACCCCUUCUACAGUAACAGAAAGUAUAUUUCGAAUUCGGUGGAUGGUAGGAACGAAGAACUGAUCAGAUAUCAAAAGGAGCAGAAUGGAGAGUAUGGUAAGAACGGCCCACUCAAGACCAACCGAAAGGAGGACACGAAAGAGGACGGAGACAAGGCAAAUAGAUACCUCGACGAGAAGUACUAUAACGAAAGAAGUGCAGACGACGGGGAGAAUAGCGAGAACUGCAUCACUGGAGUGCCACCUCAUAAAAGUGGAACUCCGGCGAAUACGGUUUACGCAGGAAACGGAGCAAAGUAUGCGCACGGAAAAAGUAACGGAUCGAAGGAUAGUGCAAAUUUUCACUUAGGUAAUAAUAUGAAUAAUAAUAAUAACAUGAAUAAUGUGAAUGAGAUGAACGAGAUGAAUAAUAUGAAUCAUGUUAUGAAUGUUCCUCCUGUUAGCAUUUCCAAGGGUGUCAGUGGUGUUAAUAGCGUUAGUGGCGUCAGUGGUGUUGACAGUGCUAAUAGGGUUAAUUGGGCUCACAGCGCUAAUAGUGUUAGUACUGUUAACAAUAUUGAUAGUACUAAGAGUAUUAACGCGGUUAACCAGGUUAACAAUAUUAACGUUGUUAGCAAUGCCGGCGGCAUUAAUAAUAUUAACAGUGCUGACAACGCCUGCGGUGCUAACAACACCUCUAACCCUAUGUAUAUAUUUAAAUCUGAAAAUAAUUAUAACUGCAAUAAUAAUGAUUAUAAUUUUAAUACAAAUAAUAGGUAUGUGAACGUUGAAAAUUGUAACAUCUCGGGUAUCACUCUGGGGAAUAAUUACCUUGGGAAGAACUUCAACGAUAUGGAUAUGAACGUAGAGUACGGACAACAUAACAACUACGAGGACAGAAGUGGCGAGUGUGUACUCUCAUCCGGUGUUGCAUCUCCGUCUGUGUAUGCAAUUUCGGGGGCCCCAUUUGCAGCUUCUUCUCCUAACUUUGGUGUUUCUCCGCCGAUUUAUUAUCCUACUUCUUCGACCAUCUUUGCCGCUUCCUCUCCCGUCACUGCCACUUCUGCCCCCGCGUUUGUUACGCCCCAAUUCACACACGGAGACUACGCCUGUAACAUGGCAGACAUUAUUAGCAACCUCAACGGAAACACAAAAGCAAUGAGAAUUCCCCAUGAAGAAGAAGCCUUUAAGAACUUUGCCAAGCAUGAUCACUACAUGGAAGAACUCAGUGGCGAUUCUAUCAAGACGGACUUUGUAAGAAAUCUGAAAAAUGGAAAUUUCGGAUAUAACGUGAGGAACUCAGAUUUCUAUCCUCCCGAACAGGGCAACAAGGAAAGUAACUCCAAAAUGGACCCUCUAAUGUACAGGAAUGUGAAUGGCACAGAGGAUGUGGGGAACCGAAACGCCGCGAUGGUGAUGCAGAGAGUGGAAACGGAAAAGAAGGGGACCACCACCCCUGUUGGUGAUAACAAAGCUAGCGGUAAUGAUGUUAGUGGUAAGAACGGCCAGAGCGGACAACGCAGAGAUGGCGCCAUCCUGUAUUUGAAGAAAAUAAAAAACAUGAAUAUGUCGUUCAAGCAAAAGUUCCUCUUCUUCAUAUCGAACAUAUUUUUAAGUGAAAGUACGAACAAAAUGAGUGUAAAAGAAAUAAUAUCCCUUUUCGAAAUUAUCAUGGUAAAUAUUCAAGAUUUUGUGAGGUAUAUCAAAGUCUUCCCCCCCGCCAUGCCAUCAAUGCCAAACAUAGGAUGCUACUGUAAUGUGAAAACGCCAUACUAUAAGUUCGAAAAAUUAACAAGCGCAGUUACCCAGUCCCUCUUGGUACUAACUUACCUUUCGACUGAUCACGAAAUCUUUGUUCUUUGCAAGUUACUUAUUUUGAUAUGUGAAUCUGCUGUAGAUAAAAAUGAGGCCUACAAAAUUAUAGGCACAAAACUGUUUAAGAUUAUUCAGGAGGCCAUAAGAAAAACCCUUGUCCUAAUCCAGGGCGAGCAGACUGCAAAGGAGGAAACACCCAAUUUGCUGAUUCACAAUGGGAAAGAAGGCGAGAGCACUACUAACGAUAUAAGUAGUGGAAGUUGCAGUGGCACUAUUACCGGUAGCCUUCACGUUAAGGAUGACGCUGCCUGUGAAAAAAAAACGAAUGGAAAGGUACGGGAGGACAUAUCUGCUUACACUAAGCCGUGGAAAAUCAACGAACUUUUCCUCCAUCUGGAGGUACUCCUAUGCAUAUUGGAGAAAAUGUGCAGAAAUAACAAAGAACUAAAGAAGCUAAUUACCUCCUAUAUAGAAGAUAGCCAGACGUGCCACGUAAACCACAUUGCCCCAUUCAUCCGUUACAACAUCAUUCAUCAUAAGGAAUUAAACAGUAUGUUAUGUAAAAUGUCCAGAUAUAGUAACAACCUCCAUUUUGUUGCUUUUUGCACAGAGCUCAUAAACUAUUUAGUUAUUAAGAAGAAGUAUUUGACUGUGGAUCAUGUUAAGAGGACCAUUAAGAAGCUAAGCGUGAUAAAUAAAAUGUUGUGUAGUGAUAAUCCACAUGCCUAUUUUCCGUCUACGGAGGAGGUCCUUCUGCAAAACACCAAAAGGGAAUUGAAGCAAAUGUUUGAGGGGCUUAAGGGUUUGAAGAAGCAGGCAAAGCAACCACAGGAACAGGAACAGGAGGAGUUCAUAAAGACGCGUAUCAAUCUGACGGAGUACAUAUUCCCGACGAAGGGAGGGAAAGAGAAAAGUGCAGAUCGCACGUGCAAAGUUGGUGCACCUGGGAAAGUGAAAGAGAAGGAGAAGAUACAGCCAUCGGACGCCGAAGCGAAUGGGGAAUACAUCCCAAAACAGAGUAGUGGUGAAAAAGACGAGGGAGCACCAAACAGACCUGAUCAACAGAAGGAACAAGUUCUAGAAGAAAAGGAAAAGCAGACGAUGCCCAGUUCAGUGAUCCACGAAAACAACAAUAACGAGUGCGCGAAUAAAUUAUCCGUCACUUCCACGGAGAACAGUGUCAACCCAACUAACGUUGGAAAUACCUUCUUUAUAGCGAACGUAAAAAUACAGUAUGAUAAUAAUAACGUAGAUGAGUGCACCAUGUAUUUGUUGGAAAGACUGAACCUAGAAAAUAAAAAUAUCAACACGGAAAAAAUUAUUAGGAAGGAAAUUGUGAGCAAUGGUUUGGGCAAAGAGGAAAACUGCGAGAAGGGUGGAAGUGAGAAUGUGAAUGGAGAGGACACGGACAGCGAUAACAAGAAACAACACAUCAAUCAUGAUGUAGAAAAUGCAUCUGCGCCAAGUAUAAAUCAUAGCAAUAUUAAAAGGGGGGAUGGAAAUGCUAGGAACCUCGAGGAUAGUACCGUACAAGACUCAAAUGAAACCCAAGAGAAGAAACAUUUUAGCUCUUCCUCAUUGUACUCUUUUGAAUCGAACAAAUCAGAAAUGUCAGAUUAUUCUUCGUCUUCCUCUAAUUCAUUUUCACCAAGCAGGCAGGGCGAAGAGGAAGAGAAAACAAACCACUACGAUGACACAUCUUCGUGUAGCUCCUCCGUCGUCUCAUCCAUGUCAAGCGCGUCUGCCCUAAGCGCCUUAUCCGCCUCCUACUUUACCAUGCACUCAGAAUUACAGAAGGAUACAAAUUUGAACAUCCCCGAGAGACAUGAAAACAGCUUAGUAAAUUACGUCCCCAGCGUCAAAGAGAGCAACUUGAAUGAUAAUCCCCCAGAAAAGUACAUGCAGUAUUACUACGUACGCGACUUGUUGUAUGAACCAGUUAGGUGUAAAUUUUUGCCCGCCCCUCCUGUAGUGAAAGAAGAAAGGGGGUUAUUUAUUGCGUACCUUUUUGCGGAGUGGUACAUUUUAUAUAAGAACUAUUUGAACAUUUUGAAGAUGAGUAUUUGGAACCCCAUGCUAGAGAUAAUCAAGCAGCAACAUAUUUCAAAGUGUGCAAAAUAUUUUGUGAAAUUGUGGACCCUUGGCUUCCUCUGCAUGGACCACUGUACGGAUGAGUUUCUUUCUCAUUCGAUUAACAUUUCGGUUAGCAUAGCUGUGCAGAAUUUGAAGAAGGAGCCACACGAUAUCACACUGGGUGACACCAUAAAUGAGGGCGGUGCAGGCAUUAAGAAGGAACAACUCUUCGAGGGAAACGUUCUACUCAAGACGUAUGUAACAGAAGUGAGCAAAACGAACGAGCGACAAUUACAUACGAAGGAAUCGCCGGAGGAAACGCUACAAAAAGGUGAACUUACCGGAAAUAAUGACCAUUGCAAUCGGAUAACGACGAACGAUGAGGAAAAAGAACAGCCCAAUGAAAAUUUCGUGCAGGAUAAAACAAACGACGCAGAGUUAAGAGAAACGCACAAAACAAGCGACUUACUAAAUUACAACUACGUGGAUGCCUGGUGCAAAAUGGUCGUAACCAUGAGCAAACUAGUAGACCAAGAACAGUUCUCGCCAGUCAUCUUGCAGAGGGCCCUCCAUGUCAUAUGCAGAGUCAUACACAAAAAGUGCGAAACUGAGAAGAAGACAUUUAAUCAGAGACCCUACUUUAGGCUACUACACUGUUUGUUGGUCGAUAUACACGAAAGUUGUGUUUAUGCAAAUGACAUAUAUAUUUAUAUGGAUUGUUUUGCAAAUUGCUUUUCCUUGUUGUCCCCGUUGAGAGUUCCAUCAUUUUGUUUCUCUUGGGUCGAGCUCAUAUCAUCUAAAUAUUUUAUGCCAAAAAUGUUGGCAAAGAUUUGUGGUUGGGAAGCAUACAAAGGGUUGUUAGUUUCCUUGUUCAGAUUUAUGAAUUUUUUUUUAAAAAAGGUGAAGAUAUCAAAAGCGAUAGAAUCCUUGUACAUAGGAACAGUAAGAAUCCUACUGGUGUUGCUACAUUAUUUUCCAGAUUUUUUAUCCUGCUAUUAUGUUACUUUCUGUAGUUUAUUUCCACUCAAUUGUAUCCAGUUACGAAACCUUGUUUUGUCUGCCUUCCCAAGAAAUAUAAAAUUGCCUGACCCGUUCAUGUCAGAUGUAAAAAUUGACUCGUUACAAGAAAUUAAGUUAGUGCCGAAAAUUUUGACAAAUAUCAUAUUCCCUCUGUUUAAAAGGAAGUUAAAAAAUAUAAUUGAUGAAUAUUUCACCAAUCGUGAUUUUACUCUACUCCUGCAUAUUAAGAACAAAUUAUUUUUUUCGAAAAGGAAGACAUACCAGUACUCUGUUAAGUAUGAUGUGGACGUUUUAAACUCCCUCAUUAUGUACGUAGGAACGACUAUUUGUAAAGCGAAGGUAAAUAAUAUGUUCAGAUUUAGCAAUAACUGCGACCCUGUACUGUUACUGAAAUGUGAAGAUAACAAUGGCAACGUGUCUGAUGAUAAAAACGAUUUACUGCAAGAAAUUGUUCUACAUUGCCCUGUGAAGAAAAGAAAAGAAAAAAAAAUUAUUGUUUCUAUUACGAAACGGAAUAAAGAACAGAAGAUACAUGGAGAUCAGGUGGAACCCAACUUGUCCAAAAAAUAUGUAGAUCUUAUGAGGGAGAACAAUGAAGGGAAAAAUAAAGAAAAGAAAAUUUCUGGUAGCUAUGAUGGCGAUAAUGACAAUGACAUCGGUGGAGAUGCAACUUCCCAAAAAGGGAAGAAGCGAAGGAACGUUAUUGUUGUGAAGAACAAUUUGGCCUACACGCUGUUCCUGUUCUUAUGCAAAGAGUUGGACAUGGAAGGGAGGUACUUGCUCCUAUCAAAUAUCGUCAAUCAUAUUAGGUACCCCAAUUCCCACACCCACUAUUUUUCUUGCGUCAUUUUAUUUCUGUUUUAUCAUUCGAACGAUGUUGUCAUUCAAGAGCAGAUAAUUCGAGUGCUCCUGGAACGCAUCCUUGCGCAUAGGCCUCACCCCUGGGGAUUGCUGAUAACCUUUAUCGAGUUGAUAAAAAAUGCCAAAUUCCACUUUUGGGAAUGUCCAUUUGUCCACGCUGCAACAGAGAUAAAGAAGUUGUUCCAAUCAGUUGCGCAAGCAUGUCUGGGACGCGCAUAA